AUGAAAGGUGUGAAAGAAGCAAAGCCAGGUCCACUCUUGUCGAUCGUGGCAUCAACGACUAAAAUCGCUGAGUUUGAUCUUUCAAACGAAUCUGAUAUGGCAGCACGCCUUCAUUCGAGUCGAAUUCUUGGAACCUUUAGUUAUCAUGCCCCUGAUGAAUAUGCAAUGACUGGGCAACUGAGUGCAAAGAGUGAUGUGUACAGCUUCGGUGUUGUAUUGCUCGAGCUUCUAACAGGUCGAAAGCCCGUUGAUCAUACAUUGCCUCGAGGCAAGCAAAGUUUAGUCACACGGGACUCGGAGGAGAUUACCCUCCAGAAGCUGUUGCUAAGUUUGCAGUUGUUGCUGCAUUGUGUGUACAAUACGAAGAUAGCUUCAGACCAAACAUGA